AUGAAUAGUUGUGGUAUCGCGUCGGACACCGCCGUUUGCCUACAUCGUAGUUCCAAUCAAGAGUUUAAGAAACUGGAAGAGGUGCCGCUGGUGACGCUCCUCCUCCUCGCGAGUUUGCCCAGCCGAGCGGACGAGCAGCCCCCUGCGGCCCAAUGGUCCGCCGUGGCAGACGACGACUUCCGAAACAUAACCCUGCGCCGUCACAGGACCUGCGUGGAGAACCACCAGUAUCACUACCAGGGUCUCUGUUGCCUCAAUUGCCAGGCCGGGACAUACGUGCAGAAGGAGUGUGAUCGUGAUCACCAGCAAGGAGUGUGCGCUCCCUGCGAGCACGGACUUACGUACACAGAACAUUCCAAUGGCAUGGACCGAUGUCUGCACUGCACGCACUGUCGAAAAGAUGAGAUGGAGACUGCGUCCUGCACCACCACGUCAGACACCCGGUGUCAAUGCCGACCCGGAACCUUCUGCUUGCCAGAUCAAGCCUGCGAGGUUUGCAAGCGCUGCGCCACGUGUAAAGCGGGUGAGGAGGAAGUAAAAAAAUGCACGCAUUUUUCUAACACGGUAUGCCGAAAGCGCGACCCCUCUCCCACCCAGUCGCCACCUGUCCGAAUUCUGCCCACCCCCGCCUCGCCGGCAGAUAUCGUGGUUCCGGUUGUGAUCUGCUUCUGCCUCCUCGCCGUCGUAAUCGCCGGGCUCGCCGUGUGGUGGUUCGUCAUCAAGCGCUGCUCCUUCACCGGAACGUGCGCAAAGAGUCACUGUGACACCGGAGAAAUCAUCAAAAUUCCAAUAGAUGAGAGCGCCCCCGCGGCAGAGGAGUGUCAGAACAGCCGUAACGCCAGCCUGGAGGGCGACGACUCCCGGCCGGAGUCGCGUCCCCUGCUGCAGGAGACGCAAGCGGGCGUGACCCAAAACAAGGCGUCGCCGACGCCAGAGGACGAAGACCGCGGACUCGGCGACAGCUUGCCCAACACCACCAGUUCGUCGCAGACCAGCCUUUCGGCGCUGCCCACCGCCGCCUCGUCCGGGAACAGCCCCCAGCAGAGCCCUGCGACCUGCAGAAUAAGCGUCGGUGCUAUAGAGGAUCCUCUGCAGCACCGCCUGCUGCCACUACACGAGUCCGAGAAGUCGCUGAAGAAAAGCUUCGACCUGUUCGACAAGUAUCUGGAUGUGCGGAUCCACAACAAGUUCUUCCGGCUGAUCGGCGUGAGCGACAACCACAUCCGGCUGGCGGAGAGCGGCGCGGCCGGCGACAAAGUCUACGAGCUGCUCAAAAACUGGAUGCAGCGGCAGGGCCUGAAGGCCGACAUCAAUCACCUGCUGCAAGCGCUGCUUGAACUGGACCAGCGCCGCUCGGCCGAGAUCAUCGCCUCCGAGGCGCUCAAACGAGGCUACUACAAGCACGAGCGCGCCGCCUGA